AUGACUGCUACCUCGCCGUCGAGGCCGCCGCUCCCGCCGAACAUAACCACAAAGUCGUCCUCUACAGCCUCAUUGUCGCAACUGAGCGUUGUAGCAGGCAACAAGACCCCUUCAGAGCCCCGAGCGUCCUCUCGCAUCCCCCCUGCUGGCCGUCGAGAUGCUCAGAUCCUGGACCCUACCUCGGAGAGUGCAACAUUGUCCCUGAUCAGGAGAACCUUGGUGACGGAUGGAAACCACGGAGCAGAUCCAAGAGCAUCCCCUAGGCCGAUUGAAGGGAUCUUACCGCCACUCACCAGCUCAAACGAGGUCGAUGUCCAGCUGUAUGCCAUCGUCGCAAUCAUCAUCAAGGACUUUGUCAACUCAUGGUACUCGAAGAUCACUCCGGAUCGAACUUUCAUAGAUGAGGUCAUCCAGAUCAUUGCACACUGCAGCCGAGCGCUCGAACAAAGGUUCCGGCAGAUUGACGUGACGGAGCUGUUCCUGGAUGAGCUGCCGGUGCUAGUUGAACGACAUAUACAUGCAUACAGAACGGCAACAACGGCUCAGGCCGCGCUGCAGUAUGGAGAACACCCUCGCCGAAUCUACCACUCUCUCAAUCCGCAUCCAGCUCUUGACCCUUGGCUCACCGACGAGGAACAACGCCGCCGCGAGUCAGCCUACCGUCAGUUGCUGGUCCAAGGGGCCCUCGCCGUGCUUCUGCCUACGGAGGACCUGGCAAACGCUUGUCUCAGAACUCUGGUGACGGACAUUAUUGCGGAUCUCAUCCUUGGACAAGCACUGGCAGAGAAAGUCUGUCAGCCAUGGUUUCUACAUGGAGCUGUCUCCAAGCUUGUGGAGAUCGUGACAUCGGCCCCUUCAAAGGCCGCUACCAACAAGGCAAUCGUUCGACAACAAGAACGCCAAAGCCGUCUUGAGAAAUUUGGCCUAUUGACUGACAACACAGCGGAUCAAGAGGAUUAUUCGUCGACACGACACCAAUCAUCGCUUAGCGCCUGGUUUUGGACACUGCUGCAGUACACCUUUGUCGCAUAUCAGUCCAUGCGAUUCAUUCUCGUCGGCAUGUCACAUGCGCAGACGCUGCCUCCAAGGGUCCGCUCUCGGUGCGUUGACACGCGUGGCCCAUCGUCGCCGUCGAAAGGAAACUCUCUCUCAUCAGCGCACGGCAAAUCGGACCCCGACGUCUUGUCCACCCGCGCCAUCCUUGAUUACAGGAUAUUCUCGUGCAUUUCUACCAUUCUGGAUUUGUCGAUUCGCAUGCCGUGGCUUGCGGCUUCGUUGAGCUUCUGGCAGCACAUCCUGGUUGAUGGUCCUGGUGGCCUCGGUUCUGCAAGCUCAACCCUGGACAAGUUUCUGUACCAUAUCUUAACCAGGCGUGUUUUCUCGCCAUCCCUUCUUCCACCUUUACUGCUCCAAGUGCGGGCAACUCUUUUCCCGAACAACUCGAUGGGACCGCCAGCUCCUCCGCCGCCAUCGAUCGAAGAGGCAGCAUCCAUUCGGUCAAAGGCUGCCAGAGACAUUCUUUCCCUUUUCCCCAAACCUGUGGCCAGCAAGCUCUUUGCUGUCACUGUCGAAGACGAAAAGGAGACCCAAGAUGUAAUGAGUACAGAGAUCGAGGACAGUAUCUUGUGCUGGACGAAUGACUUAGACCUGAACAAGUACCUGGUUUACUCAAUCUUGGAGCAUAUUCUACUCAGACUGGUGCCGGAAAUGGAAGGGAAGACUCCUAGUGAGAUAUUAGCCGAUAGAGGCAUUGCACUUGACGACGCGAAAGAAGGUGAGGAUAUGGUGCUUGUUGAUAUUGGGCAUAAUGGAAAAAUGUAA